CGCGGCGGGCCGUGGCGGUGUCCGACCCCUCCGCCGGUUGUCCGAGGCUCGUCGGAGGCCAUGCUCCGGCCGUCCCCGCCCGACGGCCAGCCUUAGCGGCCCCGCGGGAGGGAGCCCCGAAGGACCGGCAGCAAUCAUCUUCAGUGUUGUGGCUAAGUGUGAGGUUUACAGAGACUUGGAAGGAUGAGUGAACUGGAACAGCUGCGACAAGAAGCAGAACAACUGCGAAACCAAAUCAGAGAUGCCAGGAAAGCAUGUAGUGACACAACACUUGCUCAGAUCACGGCAAGCCUGGACUCCGUCGGUCGAAUUCAAAUGCGAACGAGACGUACACUGAGGGGUCACUUAGCUAAAAUUUACGCUAUGCACUGGGGAUAUGAUUCAAGGCUACUCGUCAGUGCUUCUCAAGAUGGAAAACUCAUUAUUUGGGAUAGUUAUACCACAAAUAAGAUGCAUGCCAUUCCUUUGAGAUCCUCCUGGGUUAUGACCUGCGCAUAUGCCCCCUCGGGUAACUACGUCGCCUGCGGUGGAUUGGACAACAUCUGUUCCAUAUACAACUUAAAAACUAGAGAGGGUAAUGUGAGAGUGAGCCGAGAGCUACCAGGUCAUACAGGUUACUUGUCCUGCUGCCGUUUUCUAGACGACAACCAAAUCGUUACAAGUUCAGGUGACACAACCUGUGCUCUGUGGGAUAUCGAAACUGGCCAACAGACCACCACAUUUACAGGACACACUGGUGAUGUGAUGAGUCUCUCGCUCAGUCCGGACAUGAGAACUUUUGUGUCUGGUGCUUGUGAUGCCUCUUCGAAACUCUGGGACAUUCGUGAUGGAAUGUGCAGGCAGUCGUUCACUGGGCACGUAUCAGACAUUAACGCUGUCUGUUUCUUCCCAAAUGGACACGCGUUUGCCACCGGCUCUGAUGAUGCCACCUGCCGGCUCUUCGACCUCCGCGCCGACCAAGAGUUAAUGAUGUAUUCUCACGACAACAUCAUUUGUGGAAUCACUUCUGUAGCCUUCUCAAAAAGUGGCCGCCUCUUGCUGGCAGGUUAUGAUGACUUCAACUGUAAUGUCUGGGACACUUUGAAAGGAGAGCGUGCAGGGGUCCUUGCCGGCCACGACAACCGUGUGAGCUGUCUAGGGGUUACCGAUGAUGGUAUGGCCGUAGCUACGGGAUCUUGGGACAGUUUUCUCAGAAUCUGGAAUUAACUGGGGCAAAUACGGUGUACAUUCUCCGUCAAGACCUGGAGAGAUCAAUGCUGCAGCCUAUAGCUGUGAAAUAACAUUUCUACCUUGUAUUUGCAGGUGAAGUUUUUCUAUUCACUGAUUAUUACACAAAAAGGCUUUCUGUAAACUACAAAAAAAAAAUCAAGCGAAAAAAUGGGGAUGGGAGGGAAUGAAAAAAAAAAUCAUUGACUUUAAAAAAACAACAACAAACCAGGCUAGCCCACAAAAUCAUGGUGACCACAAAGCUGAAGAGCCAGUUAUUUUUGUUUUGGGGGUUUGGUUAAGAUAGUCCUUGAAGGAUUUCUGCUUGUGCUCCAAAUCUGCUAGUUCUGUACUUUCUCAUAAUGUAACAGAAUGUACACACAAUAGCAGCCCAUCAUGUAACAUUUGUAUGUAAAAUAAUUUUGUUUUUUUAAAAAAAAACCUACAUUUAUCGCUUUUCAGUUGACUGAGAUGUUACACUUUUGAGUUUUGUAGUGAGAGAACCAGGUUGCUGUUUUAAAGGAUCUUUUGUGUAUUUACUGUAAACCCACAUUAAUGCCAUUGCUCUGUGUGUGUAUGUGUGUGUGUGUAUUUUAGGAGACAUUGAAAUAGUGUCCUUUAUACUUUAAAGAGGUCCUGAUGAUUCCACAAUACCUAGAGCUUCACUUCUCCACCCAUUCCGCCACUGGGUUUACCCCUUCCUCCUGGCCCCCCACCCCAAAAGGCUGCUGGCAUAACUGUUGCCCACUGUGGCACCAAGGAGUUAAAAACUAAGUGCCACCAUUCAGGCUUUUGGGGGGAAGGGGUUUGUCAGAUGAUCCCCGGGAUCUAAAUCUCCUCAUUUCACAUGAGGUUUCCUUUUCUCUACUGCGCUUGGGACAUUCCAGGUAGAAUCGGCUGGUCAGGCAGUGUUCGUAUAGAGAAAACGUAAAUCCUUGAAUUACUCUUCUGCGUUGGUUCGCCGGCUCUAGCUCAAAAGCUCGACGUGGAUAAGUUGAACCUUUCUGCUCUCUCAUUUGAAGAAGAAAAGCGGGUGUUUUAAGUGGUGGGUGUUAAAAAGUGUAUAGGCUAUUUCUAGCAUCCCACAUCAACAUGUCCAUCUCGUUUCCGUUGCACUGAUGGGAUGGGACAGUGUUACCUUUUGAACGAGUUAACGUUAUUUCUGAUCAGUGGUAGCCCAGUUGUGUGAUGUGACGUAUCUUCAGUGUUUUCCGUCUCCCAUUUUAACUUCCGGACUAGUAAAGAUGCCUUCCCAUUUGACUGGGCACCAGCAGUUCGGUCAGUUGAGACGUUAACCGUUCCACGUGUAAAUAUUUCCUCCUUUGCCGUAGAGGGUGUGUUUCGGGAUCGUGAUUCAUUCGACCGUCUAGAUCUGAACGAAGCCUCUUUUAGGCCAAGAGCAACAUUUCUGAAACGGUCCCUGGAGCGAGGACCGGGCACUUGGCCAGCUUUGACAGCGGCAUUAUGUACGAGUCCAGUGCCGGCAAUAAAUACGCUGGAAAAAACAGGAAUUCAAAUUCAGUUUGUUGGGUGGAACUUUUCCCGUGGCCUCACUGGAUCCUAGUGAGGCUUUACAGAGAGGCGAAAUCGAGGCCUCCUUCUAGCUGAAGGCAUCAAGUCCUCGAAUGGUUCCCGGUCAUUUGGUCAAUUAAGGGCCCGAUAUCUUGUUGCCUACAGAAGUAACGAUUAUCGAGACCACGAUUAAGCCCUGGUCGUUGAUAAUGCUAACUUUCACGCUUGCCAAUCGUGUCUACGCAUUGUCAUGUUUACAGUUAGGAACGUGCCAACAGUUGAAAAAUAAAAGUGCAUCUUGUGCUAUAGAAAGGAUACAUUUACUAAAGUCAGACUUAAGGUAGAUAGGACCAAAAACCAAUUUGUGCAUUUUUUUUUUUUUAUGAAUUGUGUGCUUAUAGUCGGUUAUAUUUGGGAUGUCUGUCUUUUCCGUUCAUAAACGGGGAAGGACAUUUUUCAUAGACAACGUGCACGCUACGUGCAACGUGGUGCCAUUUGGGUUUUAGGAUGUUGUCCCUAAAAUCUAGAGAAAAACGCCUCGGACCGUGGAAGACGUUUUCAACGUCUCGUGCUCUGCCGUCCAAAUGGUGUCGGGAUGGAAAUUUUCAUCUUAAAAGAUUUGAGGUGAGAGUGGAUCCAAAUUGUGCUGAUGCUUUAGUGAUUAGGUGAUAUGAUUAAAAGCAACGUUAUGUGCUUAUACGGCUGGCUGAUCUCCCAAAAAAGAGUGUGCUUAGUUAGAUCUUACUUCCUGAACGUCGUCGUGUUUUAGAAGGCCCGUUUUGGCCAGGUUGAGAGAGACAGGCCCACGGCUCUAUGCCAGUUUCCGGCUGGCUGGCUGCUGUGCAGAGGAGUUCAGCGCCGUUGCCUCUCGCAUCCAUUCGGUUCUCCGAUCCCGUGAGGGAGGUGGGGGGAGGUCACGUUCCCGAAGAACCUCGACUUAAGGAAAAAACGAGCGCUCGACCCCGCACGCGGCCAUUUCCUCUGACCUCAUUCCACGUCGUGGGAGAACUGACUGUUUUCUGUUCCGGGGGGAUUCUGGAGUAAAGCAGACAGGCAUAAACUGCGGCCAGAUGGGUUGGCUGUUGAAGAUUUGGCAGUUUGGUGUCUGUUCGGAUUCAGUUUGCAGUUUAAGGUAUCGUCGGGUGCCUAAAGUAUAGCAUCGGUCUCCGGUUUUAAUGAAAUGCAUCCAGCUGGAUAUGUUUUCCAUAAAAAUUUCAGCCUCCUUUCCAAAAAAAGGGGCACCGUCAUAAAAUGCAGUGCAGGAGUGUUGGAUUCCCAUUCUUGGUCAUACUGUAUUCCUGAGGAGUGACUAGAAAACUUCGGCCAUGGUCUUUAGAAUCAGCUGUCUGUGUGUGGCUCUCAUAUUCAUUUAGGUUUGUGUGGGGUAUCUUAACUAUAGGGAGCCACGGUCUUUCAAAAAAUGGACUUUUAGAGCUACUGGGAAACACUAAACAAUCGAAACGUUAGUCACCAAACUGAGAGGGGAAAGAAAGCCCUCACUUUAAGUAACUAUUCCUUGGUGACAAACUGCAUGCUAGGUUUUGUAUUCUCGCUGAAAAUACCUAUAAGGCAUUGUAUGCCAAAAGCAAAUAACUGCGAUCUUGUGCCAUUAUUUCCAAUCUUAAACGGAGAUCACGUCAAGUAUUUUUCCAAUCUGCAACUUCUUUUGUACUUUAUAAACUUUUCUUGUGCCUCACAGAAAUUUCUUUAGCUUCCAGUACAGUUGCUGUUUAACAUUUUAUGUCUCACUAUUAACUAAUUUUACACUGAAGGAUAUUGAACAAGUCCCUGCAAAUGGGACUUAAUCCUGCCAUUAAUUACUUCAAGGGUGAUGGAGCUGGUUGUGACCAAGAAAACGCAAGAUUUUUGGCAUCUAACGGUAAUGAAGAAAAUUGGGCAUUUUCUUUUUUUUCCCCCCACGGUAAAGUGGACAUUUACCUUCUGGCAAUGAAAUGCAGGAACUAGACUAGAUUAAUAACGAUAUUUAACACCUCUCCCCCUUCCCCGUCUCCCCCCGAUCCACCCCCCCUCGUAUAGGCUUGGAAGGGCAGUUGGUUUACUCUGAGCUACAGUGCUGAUUAGCCGGAGUGGUUUAAAAAAAAAAAUCUGAAAGAUUUAAUAAUUGAACCUUGGUCCCACCGGUCAAUCGAUCGUGUUUUAAGAUGGGAAGAGAACAGCAUGAAAGACAUUUCCAAACUGUUGUCUGUUUCCUCCCUUUCCUCAAGGAAUAGUUCCCUCCUCGGCGGUUUGGUCCGUUCUCUGAAGUGUCGGUUACCGCGAGGUGUGGAUGAAUUCUAAGGUGAAAAAUGUAUCAAAUGGUUUUGUAUUAGAAUGACUGCCUUUGAGAUAGCAUUUCAUGUAAAAGUAAUUAAGCAUGGGUUGAUGGUGCACCUCGUAUACAGUAAUCUGGCCUGCAUGCUGGUAAAAUUCUUCCUACACUUCGGAGGCGUCACAAGCCUUUUAUCCAAUUGCUGGUUAUGUAAAAUACAUGCAGAAUGUUAAUGCAGUGUUGUUAUGGUAAAAAUGUGUGAACAGUGUUACUAAUCGAUAUAACUGAUAACAGAUUAAAUGUGCCUGACAAAAAUCUUAUACCACACAGUACGUUAGGUUUCUGAUUAAUAUGGACUUCGGUGGAAUAGUCUUUAGAUAUUUCAAGCCUUUGUUUUACUUACACAAUGGUGCUCUAUUCUGUGUUUAUCCUUUCAAUAAGGCAUCUGAACACUUGUACUACAUAUUACACCCAAAGGAGUCCAAAUCCGAUUUUUUUUUAAACACGGUUGUCGAUUGGGGGUGUGGGGGGAGGGGGAUCGAAAGCAGUUGCUGGAAAACACUUGAGAAAUUCCGUCGUUCAACCUGGAAAGUGAUUCUACACUGCCUUUGGAUUGUGUGUGUAUUCAGAAACAAGUCUUAAAGCUUUUAUUUAAGCCAAUUAAGAAACCAGGGACUCGUGCCAUGCGUUCUCGAACAGUGCUCUCGCUGCAUAAAAAGACUUCCCUGUGAAAAUUAUCACUAGCUAUGAACUUGGUUUAUAGCCUUUUCAACAAUGGAUCUUUUCUUUGUAAUUUGUACAGUGGCUCAGUGAAACAGAUGUUACCAUGAAUUGAUAUUGUAACCAAUAAACAAGUGCUUUUAACCAGA